AUGGCCGCAACAGCUCCUUCCACAUCGACUUCGCAAUCAGUGCGAAGAACUUCGCCAACUGCACUCCGACCGCUCUCCGCCGAAUUAGGUACACUGGCAAGGUCCGACGCCAGCGCCUCGUUCUCCUUUGGUCCAGUGCACGUAGUCGCUUCGGUCUCAGGACCCACAGAAGUACGCAUCCGCGACGAGCUUACAGAUCGUGCGACGCUCGAUGUCAUCUACCAGCCUCAACACGGUGUUGCAGGCAUCCCAUCACAAGAUGUAUCCAACUCGCUCUUGACAGCAUUCUCAUCGGUGCUGUUGCUGCAUCACCAUCCACGAUCUUUGAUCCAAGUGGUCCUUCAGACGCUCUCAUCACCCUCGCUACCGCAGUCAUCAGCACAAACUCUUCACAAGGAUGUGGGACCCAGCCAACGACAUGUGCCGAGACAGCCGCUGCUGUUGGGGCCGGACAACCCGCCGAGCGUCGCCGAGCAAGCUGCGCUGGUUAAUGCGGCGUCGUUGGCAUUGCUAGACGCGGGAAUUCCAGCAAGAGCGAGCAUAGCAGCUUGCGCAUGCGCUAUUCUCCCAGCGGCGCAAGGGACGGUGUUGAGGCAGAACAGCCACAUUACAGAGAUGUCGGAAACGCAGUUGGCAGGGUUGGUGCGCCAGUACAAGCAAGACCAGGGCGAAAGCGACGAAAUCGAGAUUGACGACGAGCAGGAUGCGAAUUGCAUCAAUUCAAACAAGAGAUACACCGGAGACACCGUCAUUCUGUUGGAUCCAACACCCCUGGAAGUCGACUAUGCUCUCAGCACACACGUUUUUGCCUUUGCCUUCUCGCAAUGCCUUGACGGAAAGGACAGAGAAGCAGCUCCGCAUGAGGUGUCCGAGCAGAUCCUGGCCGAAUCGCACGGCGCAAUCGACUUGGACGACCUCGAACGGGCGCGAGAGCUGUGUCUGAGUGCCUGCUCUGCAGUGGUCGGUUUUAUGCGCACGGCGUUGCACAAACGCAUUGCUUCGCAGACACUUUGA